CUAUUCAUUCUUCACAACUAUUAGCUAUCAAAAAAAAACUACGGAGGAGAGAAAAACAAGAAGGUCAAAGUGAGUUUAAUCAAAGAGAAACAAUGGCUGAUGAGGUGAUUCUUCUGGAUUUAUGGGCGAGUAUGUUUGGGAUGAGGACGAGGAUUGCUCUGGCCGAGAAAAAAGUCAAGUAUGAGUAUAGAGAAGAAGAUCUAGAGAAUAAGAGCUCCUUGCUCCUUGAAAUGAACCCGGUUCAUAAGAAAAUCCCGGUUCUCAUUCACAAUGGUAAGUCGGUAUGUGAAUCUCUCAUCCAGGUCGAGUACAUCGAUGAGACUUGGCCCGGUGAUAACUCACUCCUUCCUUCUGAUCCUUACCAAAGAGCUCAUGCCAGGUUUUGGGGAGAUUUUAUCGACAAAAAGGUGAAUGUUACGGCGAGGAGGAUUUGGGCGACGAAAGGUGAGGAGCAAGAAGCAUCCAAUGAGUUAAUUGAGAUACUCAAGACGCUAGAAGCUGAGCUUGGAGACAAGCACUACUUUGGAGGUGAGACUUUCGGAUAUGUGGAUAUAGCUCUCAUCGGGUUUUACAGCUGGUUUGGAGUCUACGACAAGUUUGGAAAUAUUAGCAUCGAAUCAGAGUGUUCGAAGUUGAUUGCGUGGGCCAAAAGGUGUAUGCAGAGAGAGAGCGUCGCUAAAGCCCUGCCUGAAACGGAAAAGGUCACCACGUUCAUUUCCCAGUGUCUUGGCCUCGAGUAGACAGAUCCUCUUCUUGUGUUAUGUUUGUUAUGCUCACCAAGCCCUGUUUGCUUUAUGUUUGUUAUCCGUCCGGUAAAAAACAUGCUUACUGUUGUUAAUCAAAAUUAUUAUGGCUUACGCUC